GACAGAGCGCCCCGCGUUACUGUAUUGCAAGUAACUUCUCGGGCCUCAGGGCUGCAGCGCAUCGCGCGAGCGAGCGAGUCCUUGGGAGAUGUCAGACGUGACGGGUGUCGGUGGGACGUGAUCGUUAAUUAUUGUUAUUAUUAAUCGUCGGAAGAACGACGUCGCCCGAUACACCGUGACGCACGCCGAGCCGUUUAGCAUGACAUUGCCACUUCGGACGGGGGUCUCGUGAAAUCAAUUCGUCCGGGAUCCUGCUAUCUCUUAUCCCCCGAUCGCGGAGCACCGAUGCCGAUAAGCUCCUGAUACGGCGGCCGCUGUUGCUCGGGGCGAGUCGCGAUGGGUAGCAAGUACAGUCCGGGGAAGAUCACCCUGGGGAUGAUAAAAGGCAAGCCGAUCGCCACGUCGGUGCCGGUGAUCCACUACCGAGCCAACGACGACGAGCUGGAUGAGCUGUAUCCGAGCUCCUCCGACGACGAGCGGCGCCUCACGCCGGAGUCCGACAGGAGGCUACCGUCGAGCCCCUCCAAGAGCAGCGAGAAUGGCCAGGGGCUGGAGAACGACGCGGAGAGGCGUUCCAUCGACGACAAUGCGUCCGAGGGCACCCCGCCGUCCUCGGAUCCCUGGAGGGUGCUGUCCGAGAUCAAGGGCAAGAUCACAAAGACGUUCGAGGAGAAGCUGUCCGAGAUAAAGAGCGACAGGAAGAAGAGGCGUAGGCGCAAGAAGGACAAUUCGAGCGUCAGCGACUCGGAGGAUCUGGGCGACGUCACGCCGACCGACGAGAACGUCAACGACAGGCAGGAGAGAGAGCCGGGUCUCGGCCGCGGUAAGGGCAACGCCGCGAGAUUCGUGGGCUUCUCGCAGGUGAGGACCGGCCUGAAGACGAAGAACUCCCAGGACGACAGCGUGGAGAGCGGCGUCGAGGCCGCUGAGUUCCCCGAGCUCGUGCCCGAGCCGCUCCCCUACGAGUCGCAGGACGAUCUUCGCGCCGAGGACAAGGACAGCGACGCCGCGUGCCGUCGCGGUCCAGGUACCUUCGACCAGUCGGACGGAUGCGUACAGGCGAAAGGGGUGAAAUUCGGCGCGUUGCUCUCCCGCGUCAAGGAUCACGUCUUUCAGCAGCUGACGAGGCAGUUAGCCGCGCUGCUGAUCCUCGUGCUAGCUUCUUGCUUUCUCAUUCCGUUGCCCGCCCACUUGGCCGGCUUUUUCAUAGGAGUCUUCGUCACGGUGGUGGUGUACAAGCUAGUGCAGAGGAUCAGGGAAGUUCUGGCGACGCCGUUAGGCAAGGAACCUGUACACGUGGUUGUGCCGGUGCUGGAGAUACCGGCGGCGGAGGAGCACGCGGUCCAAGAGAGGUUCGAGGGUUGGCUCAACGAGCUGCCGUACGCUUACGAUCCUCACAACUACCAUGUGGCGCGCACCAAGUCGGUGUUCUUCAGUCUGGAAGGUGGAGUGCUGCGUGUCAUGGACACCAGGAUGAAAGUACCAAAGAGGGCGGUGUGGGACGAGCCGAAACGGAAGUAUAAGUUUACCAGAAAGCGCGUGUACAAUCUUAUCGGUGCGAAAGUCGAGUUGUUGCCGGAGGGACUCACUCGGAGAAGGAGAUGGAGCAAAAAGUAUCCGGUUUGCAUCACGAUGGAUCAAGGCGCGUUGGUGAACAGCGCGAGUCUGAGCGACUGGACGGACCUCGGAAAGGAGUACCUCGAGGACGAGAAGAAAGUCCAAGUGGAAGGGGCCAAUCAGGAGGCCGAGGAGAGUACCUUGGGCGAGGAAACGAAAAGCGAGGAUGAAGAUUCCAGAUUGGAAUAUUUCAAGGACAACGAGGAGGACGAGUUUAAGGUCGACGAAGAUGAGGACGACGACGAUCUUUCACAAUCCAAGUCCAUCAGGAGUAUUUACGAGGACUGCCGCGACAACGAGGAGGCUGCCAAGUGCAAGCUUUAUGUGUUCGCACGUGCCGACCGAGAGAAAGAAGACUGGUUUCGUAGAUUGACGUCAGCGGCAUUUCUUUCGAAAAAACGGCAUUCGCUUAGUUCCAUAAAUGAUUCCUGCGCGAGUGCAAUCUCUGCGCAGCCGGAUGCGACGGAAACAAAGUCGCCAGAGGCGUCUCCCGAAGUCACUUACAGCACCUACAUGAGCGAGUACCUGAACACGGAUCCUGAGGGCUCUCCGAGGGAGAACGAUGUCCUUUGGGUAAAUUGUCUCUUGGGUCGGCUGCUAUUUGACAUGCACAGUUGUCCAGAGACAAUCAGUCUCAUUCAGGACAAGAUACAGCGUAAGCUCUCCAGCAUAAAGCUUCCGUACUUCAUGGAGAGUUUCCUCGUGACGGAAAUGGUGAUCGGACAGGAUGCUCCGACGAUUCAUAAAAUCUCCAAGCCGACGCUCGACGAGCGGGGGCUCUGGUUCGAUUUAAACAUCACCUACAAGGGCAGCGUGACGAUGACUGUGGAGACAAAGCUGAAUCUAAUGAAGCUGACACGUGCGAGCAGCGUUCUUAGCGAUAUUGUUGACGAGAAGUCCGUACCUACCAGGUCGCCGAUGUUCGAUAGCGAUGUAGAAGAUAGCCCGGAGACGUCCACCGAAGACGAGGAUAUAGGAAACAUCACGUCGAGCAUCGCAUCUAAAGAGACCACGCCAAUACAGUCUUCUGGCAAGAAGUUUCUUAGCAUGGUCGAUAAGCUGACGGCCAAUAAAUACUUCCGACACGCUACGGAGUUGUCUUACAUACGAAGGGCGAUGGAGGGUGUCUCCAACACGGAGAUUCGCUUUAUGGUCAGCGUAUCCGGCAUCGAGGGCUGUCUCUUAGUGAACAUCCCUCCGCCGCCCUCAGAUCGACUCUGGUAUGGUUUCAAGACCGUGCCGAAAAUCGCCCUCACUGUGCAGCCAACCCUCGGCGAAAGGACUGUCAACAUUGUAUACGUGAGCAACUGGAUCGAGAAUAAGCUGCUUAGGGAAUUCGAGAAACUAGUCGUUCUACCAAAUAUGGACGAUCUAGUCCUGCCACUCUGCCCAAAUUAUCCCUUUACUACAACGUAAACGAAUUCUUGCGCCGGCCAAAUCUCCAGCUUUUACAUAUUCUUUUUGUCGUUUUUUUUUCUUAGUAUAUUUUGCGAAUAAUGUUGUGAAUAAUUUCACGCUGUUGCGUGUUAAUUGAGAAAUAUAUUCCAAGUAUAUUUUUCUUCAGUACAGCGAUUUAUCGAAAAAUUCGUAGAUAGAAAGUAACGAAAAACAAAGAAUGAAGACUCGGAUAACAAUGUAGAUUUAAAAAAAGCUGUUUUUACACAAUUUUUUAAUAUUAUCAUUACGUCAUUUGUCACAAAGAAUAACUAUGUGCAUCUACAAAAAAAGCGGGAGAAGUUAUUGUGAUAUAUAUAUGUUACUUUACUUUUAUAAAAUCCAAUGACAUAAUAAGAGGCAGGAGAGACGAAGUUUAUUAUGAGUGAGCAUUAUAUUUUUAUUACAAUAUGUAAAGCGAGCGAAAGAGGUGUGUGUAUAGGGAGAUAAUUUAAUUAAUGUUAAGUACAAACCUCGCUGUUUAUUUUAGUUACCUAUAUAAAUGUAAGCGUAAAAUAUCGAGUGAAAUUGAUGCUGCAGAGGAAAGAAUACGCAACAAUGUGAUCGUUGAAUUAGUCAUUUAAUAUAGGGCAGCUGAUGGAAAAUAUUUUCUUCAACUAUUAUUAAAAUCGCAAAGCAAUUGAGUUACAAUAAAAUCAAAUAAUCGAUAAAUUUGGGCAAAGUAUCAUCAAAAAUAAAAAUAUAUAUUAUAUAUGAAACGAGGCAAAAAGCUUACGAAGCGAUUUUCACGCCUUCGUAAUUAGAUUAUAAUCUAAUAACUAGGUUUGUAAACAAAAAAAGUGUAGUUAUACGAUCGACAAAAUGUGUAAGAAAAGAAAGCGCCAUACGGCAUGUUAAUUAUAUUUGUAAAGAAUGGUAGAACGAUGAUCGCGUGUAAAUUUCACGCGAGCUAAAAUAUUCGUUUUGUGUGCUGUCGAUCGACUGUCGGCUCGAUAAUACAAAGUUGUGCUAUGUCAGUUACUCGGUUUACAAAUAAAUAUGUAAAUUUCAUUUCUCCGUAGUCCGUUGCAAACCGAGAAACUUAUAGUUAAUGACUUUUCAACGAAUAUAGCAGAAAGAUUUACUCUCCUCUGUCUCCGAUUGAUCGGCUAACAAUGAGUGAAUUGUUCUACCCGUUCAACGACACUAGCAAAAAGAAAGCGAGAUGUUCAUUAAUAUAUAAUUGAGUAUACAGUUUGUAUCUACUAGCCAGCUUGAUCUGUGAGCUGUGUUAUUUUGUUUGAUACUAUACAAAUAUAUACGUGAACGUUCGUGUAUUUGCGUGUCUCAGGGAGAUUAUAAUAUAUAGAUUAAAUUCUGGAUCCACAAUGUGAUUUUGUUACGGUAGAGAUGAUAUUUUUAAAUACACGAGAACCCUUUUAUAUCAAAACGAGAUACAAAUUACGCUACAAAGGCCAAUUCUUAUGUGUUUAAAUGUAAAGCUAAUAUGCAAUAAAGCAAAUAUAUUUUGUAAAGAUUUUCUCAAACGACAUUCUGUUUGAUACUCGUACCGUUGCCGAACUCGCAUUGUUCCAGAAUUAAAUCACAGAGGUAUAUUAAAAAAGUUUUUGCAAAAAUAAAUUAUUGUACAUUA